GGUCGAUGUCGAUAUUGAACGUCAACUGUCACACUGAAUGUGACGUGUGCUGUUUAUUUAUAUUUUAAUCUUUAAAUUACCUAAGAUCUAAGAUGAUUCCUAUUGUAUAAAAAAUAAAUAACACAGCAUAGAUAGAUUCUCAAAUAUGGACCCUAGUGAAGAUAUGUGCAAAAGUCUCGCCAAAUGGUUACAAAAAAUCGUUCCCAAUAAAACAAGGUCCAUUCCUGAAAUAUGUGAUGGGGUUGGAAUGGUGGAUGCUCUACUUCAAAUCUCACCUGAGCAUUUUAGUAAACUUGAAUCAAAAAUUAAGAGGGACGUUGGAGCAAACAACUGGCGUUUAAGAAUAAGCAAUUUAAAAAAGAUUGUGGAAGCUGUGAUAGAAUUUUACCAAGAUGUUCUUACACUACAAGUAUUAGAUAUAGGAGUUCCUGAUGUCAAUCAGAUCGGGGAAAAUAACGAUCCUGUUCAGUUAGCAAAACUUUUGAGAUUAAUUUUGGGUUGUGCAAUAAAUUGUGAGAGAAAACAAGAAUAUAUUACUAUGAUCAUGGAAAUGGAAGAAUCUAUUCAGCAAAAUAUUAUGCAGGCAAUUCAACAACUUGACGAGGUUACAGGAGGACAAGGCCGUUCAGGUUUGAGUCUAUUAAUUUUAGAUAGUGAUACAAGAGUUAUGAAGCUAGUCAGUGACUUGGAAUCAUCAAAUAAGUCAAGAGAAGCUCUAACACAACAAGUAGAAACUUUGGAACAACAAAUACAAACUCUUUUAGAUGAAAAGAGGUUGCUGCAUGAACAAAACCAGAUGUUAAUUGAAAAGGAGGCUAAAAAUCCCCAAGAAAACAUAAGGAAGCAAUUAGAAUCCCUAAAGGAUGAGCUCUUUAAAUCUGAAGUGAUAAGGGAAGACUUUAAAGGAAAACUUUUUGAACAAGAGAAACAAAUUCUUACCUAUCAAGAAAAGAUCAACGAACUUCAAAUAACUGCUAAUGAAUCAGCUAAAUUGAAAGAUGAAAUAGAUGCUUUAACAGAAUCUGCAGGAAAGGUUGUGGAUCUAGAAUUAACAGUGGCAUCAUAUAAAAAACGCCUGGAAAACUACCAGGAUAUAAAGAGAAAUCUACAAAAGCUAGAAGAAAAACAAAUGGAAUACAUCCAGAAAAAUAUGGAACUUGAAGAAGAAUUGUCAAAAAACAGUACUUGGAAAGCACAAUGUGAGGUGUAUAAAAACCAAAUAGUAGAAUUACAACAAAAGCUUGAUGAAGAAGCUCAAAAAGCUGACAAAGCUACAUUUAACUUGGAUAAAAUUAAAGCCAAAUUAAUUAGUUUACAAGGAGAAAAGGAAAGAUUGAUUCUAGAAAGAGAUACUUUAAAAGAAGAAAAUGAAGAAUUAAAGCUUGGUCCAAGGGAAAGUGGAGCAGCUGUUUCCCAAGAACUUACCCCAACAGAAAUGGAGAAAAGACUUAAGCUUAUGGAAAAAGAAAAUAAAACACUUAGAAGUUCUAGUCAAGAAAUGGAAUCAAAACAACUACAACUUGACAGUGCUCUUAAUAGGAUUGAGAAACUUCAACAAAAAAAUCGAACACUAAAUCAGACAGUAUUAAAAUUAGAAGCACAAGUCGAAGAGCUUAAAACACAGCAAUCAGAAAUUCAAGGAACUUCUAGUGGCAGUUCAAUAGUCAAAGAGUAUAGGCAAAAAAUACUUGCCUACCAGGAAGCAUUAGCAUCUAAAGACAAUGAAUUACAAUCUUUACAAACUAGAUACAACAGAAAUGUCGGAAGAGCUCGUGAAGUAGCACAACAACUUGAAUUCAAAUCGAAUGGCGAUUCUGAGAAUGCUUCACUAAGGCAACCUACCAUGAAAGAACUGGAAGAGCGGUUGAUUACUGCUGCUUUUAAUAAACUAAGUCUGAAUUACCACAGAGAAAGUAUGGAUGAGAGAUUAAGCGUUUUACAUGGAGGACAAGGACAAUCUUUCUUAUCGAGACAAAGGCAGCCUACUCCGAGAAAACCCGUACAGAGAUUUAAACCUAAAUAAGAAAAUUACGUUAGUCUAUUGAGUGAAAAUAAUUUAUUUUAUUCUAGUUAUGCACGAGUUGUAAAGAUUUUUAUUUAUUUUAGAUUUUAGUGGGAAAGAAUGUUAUUCCCAACUAUUUUUAUUACAUAUAUAUAUAUAUAUAUAUAUAUAUAUAUAUAUAUAUAUAUAUAUAUAUAUAUACAUUGCUGUUCAAGAAGUAUAAUGACAAAACCAUAAAAUUUUUUAAACAGACUUUAUUGUGUUUGAAGGAUCAAAACUGC